AUGUCGGCGGCACGCAGCUCGAUUUUUGAUGCGACAGACAAGGACAUUGAGAUGCUCCUUGCUGCCCAGGCGCACAUGGGCUCCAAGAACUUGCAAGUCCACAUGGACCCAUAUGUGUGGAAGACAAGGCCUGACGGUAUCAACAUUAUCAACAUCGGAAAGACCUGGGAGAAGAUUGUUCUCGCUGCCCGAAUCAUCGCGACUAUUGACAACCCGGCCGAUAUCUGCGCUGUUUCCGCUCGUCCAUACGGUCAACGUGCCGUCCUGAAGUUCGCCGCCCACACCGGUGCUACUGCCAUUGCUGGUCGUUUCACCCCUGGUAACUUCACCAACUACAUCACUCGUUCUUUCAAAGAGCCCCGCCUCAUCAUCGUCACCGAUCCUCGCACCGAUGCCCAGGCCAUCAAGGAGGCUUCGUACGUCAACAUUCCCGUCAUUGGACUGUGUGAUACCGACUCUCCCACCGAGUUUGUCGACGUUGCCAUCCCUACCAACAACAAGUCACGUAACUCCAUUGGUCUCAUCUGGUGGAUGCUUGCCCGUGAAGUCCUCCGUCUCCGUGGAACCAUUCCUUCAAGGGAGGCCGAGUGGGAUGUCAUGACCGAUCUUUACUUUUACCGCGACCCCGAGGCUGAGGACCAGAAGGCUGUCGAGGAGGCCGACAAGGUUCCUGGUGCUGAAGAAGCUGUACCAGAGAGUGGAUUUGCUGCUGCCACCGCCGGUGCUGACUGGGAUGUUGCCGGCCAAUCCGGUACUUUCGUUCCUCCCGAGGCUACUGGCCCUGCGCCGAGCUGGGAUGCGGAUGCUACUGGUGGUGACUGGGCUGCGGACACUGCUACCGCUACCGAGACUCCCGCCGCUGCUACAUCCGGAUGGUAA